AUGGAUGUAUCACAGCUUCAAUCCAUGCAGUGCCCAUGGCCUGCAUCAGCCUCAGUCUCGCAGGCAUCAACCCCGCCAACCCCAUGGGAAGAGAUUGAGCUUUGCUCUUCAGAAGCCGAGAUCGUUCUCCAGGUGGGUAGAAUCCACUGCACUAUCAGGGUUCCCCGAGGAAUGGAUCGCAGGGGUCGGGAGCUUAUAGAGCAGUUCAUUCCAACGGCGUCCACACUGGAGCUCUCGUCUGCCCUGGAACUGUGCUGCCUGUUUAUGCAAUAUAUCAUGCAUGAUAUCAUCCACGAUGGAGAAGAAGAUCUGGACAUGGUGGUUCUCCACCAGGUGUUGAACACAGUGCAUGUCGAUCUCCUCCAGAAUGAGAGUAUCCACACAGUACUGGCAACCAUGAGCCACGACAAGAGCCGACAUAAAUCCAUCCUAAGAGCAUAUUUCCAAGCAUGCAAAACGACGAGGUCUCCAGGCUCUGUUGGGACUAGUAGCCUGCUGUCCGACGUGGAGAAAGGCCAUGCGCGGAUCUUUGCCCUCUUCAAUGGACAAGGCGUGGAGUCGUACUUUGACGAGCUUUUAACAGCCUAUGACAUCUACCAUCCCCAAGUAGCUUCCAUCAUUAGCGCUGUGUCCGAGUCUCUCUCACAUCUCGCGCGUGAUGAUCAAUUUGAAGCUCUAUUCCCACAUGGACUGGAUGUGGACCAAUGGCUCCGCAUGCCGGAGUCUCGCCCAAAUGCCCCCUACCUCACCAGUGCCCCCGUAAGCCUCCCGCUUGUCGGUCUGUCACAAUUCGUCCAGUAUGCCAUUGCAUGCAUCAACCUAGGUCUCUCCCCAGGAGAUUUACAGCAUGUGUUCGCUGGCGCAAUUGGUCAUUCCCAGGGCAUUGUGGUAGCUGCCUUCGUCGCUGCUGCCGAUUCCUGGGUUUCUCUCUGCAAUGCAGCCCAGCAGGCGGUUGAAUUACUCUUCUGGAUCGGCUGUCGAUGCCAGCAGCAGUUGCAAGAUGUUCGUCCGGCGUCCAUUUCGUCGAGUUGCAUGCUCAGUGUCAAGGGUCUCUCUCAGACUGACCUCCAGCGACACUUGGACGAACUCAACGUCCACCUACCAGCUGAAGAGGCAGUGUACCUAGCCUUGGUAAACGGGCCGCAGCAGCUUGUCGUCGCCGGACUAUCGCUUUCAUUGCAGGCACUGGACCAGAAAAUCGUUCACGCUCAGAAUCAAGUCGAUUCCUUGAAGGCUUCUGCAGGACGUAUACCCUUCAGCCAACGCAGUGCUGCCAUUCACACUCGGUUUCUGGCAAUCACGGCACCAUUUCACUCGCCCUAUCUUCAGGAUGCGGAGACUCGCCUUCUGGAAGACCUUGCUGACGUUUCCCUCUCCGGCUCGAAGUUGGCGUUCCCCGUGUUUCACACUGAAACUAGCCAAAAUCUACAAGAGUGUGGAAAUAUUGUUCCGCACUUAGUAAAAAUGAUCUGUACUAGACGUGUACAGUUUGAAAAGGUAGUGAGCGCUACCCUAGCCGGAGUGACGCAUGUCCUCGAUUUCGGUCCAGGUGGCGAAGUUGGAAUGGGAAGCCUGGUCAAUCAUCAGCGAGAGGGCACAGGACUGCGCACAUUGAUCCUUAGCACUGCUCGCGGAGUUACCAGUAGCUACAGCACUACACUAGGGUUUGAGAGUGAGCUGUACACCCACAAAAGGCCGGUUGUCUGUAACCCCGCCUGGGACACUGAGUUCGCACCACACCUCGUGCAGUCCCCUUGUGGGUCCAGACACCUGGUUGACACCAAGUUCAGCCGGAUUUUAGGCGUUCCCCCAGUGAUGGUUGCUGGUAUGACGCCGACCACCACCGCGUCAGAAUUUGUAGCUGCAACCAUGAAUGCUGGGUACCAUGUUGAGCUGGCCUGUGGAGGAUUCCCAGAUCGUAACAGCAUGCGCCAGGGUAUCCUGGCUACUGCGGCUGCAAUUGCCCCUGGCCGUGGCAUUACGUGCAACGUCAUAUACGCCAAUCCUCGAGCUAUGGCCUGGCAAAUUCCGUUACUCGUCGAGCUAAGGCAGUCCGGUAUUCCAAUUACGGGGUUAACCAUUGGCGCGGGUAUUCCAUCGCAGGAGAUUGUACAGGGCUACCUGACUGACUUGUCACUCACCCAUCUGGCUCUCAAACCAGGUUCCAAAGAUGCCAUCGAUGGGGUUUUGGAAAUUGCCCGGGCAAACCCCACAUAUCCUAUCAUCUUACAGUGGACAGGUGGUCGGGGUGGUGGACAUCACUCCUCUGAAGACUUCCAUGAGCCGCUUCUAGACCGAUACGCACAAAUCCGAUCGCAUCAAAAUGUGAUUCUAGUUGUCGGCAGUGGCUUCGGUAACGCCGAGCAAACCUAUCCCUACUUAACAGGAUCUUGGUCUCACCAGUUCGGGCGUGCAUCAAUGCCGGUGGAUGGCAUCCUCUUGGGUAGCCGUGUAAUGGCGGCUAAAGAAGCUCACACCAGUGACGAUGUAAAACGGGCAAUCUGCAACACUCCGGGUGUUGGCAACGAAGAUUGGGAGCAGACGUACGAGCGUCCAGCCGGUGGAAUUAUCAGCGUGCGAUCUGAGAUGGGCGAGCCGAUUCACAAGCUGGCCACUCGCGGCGUCAUGUUAUGGGCUGAGUUGGACAAAUUAGUUUUCUCCCUACCCCGUGGUGAACAAAAGGCUGCUCUCCUCAACCGAAAGUCGUAUUUCCUCAAACGUCUCAAUGAGGAUUUCCAGAAAGUCUGGUUCGGGCGAGAUGUGGAUGGCGCAACAGUCGAUCUGCACGAGAUGACCUACGCUGAAGUCUGGGACCGCAUGAUCGACUUGUUGUAUCUGAAAACAUCCCAGGAUUGGAUUGAUCCCUCGUGGCGAACAUUGGUGUGGGAUUACACUCACAGGUUAGAAGAGAGACUAGGGAAGAAGCAGCAACCCCUCCUUCAACGCACAGACCAACUCAACCAGCCUGGGCAGUUCCGCAACCUACUGUUCUCCGAAUAUCCUCAGGCACAUGUCGAUGUAUUGACAGCUGCGGACGUGGAAUAUAUCCAUUUAAUUUCGCGCCGUCGGGGGCAGAAGCCAGUUCCCUUCCUCACGGCCCUUGAUGAAGAUUUCGAAUACUGGUUCAAGAAGGACUCAUUGUGGCAGUCAGAGCGCUUGGAGGCUGUCGUUGGACAGGAUGUCGGCCGCGUGUGCAUUUUGCAUGGGCCAGUGGCCGCUCAGUACACAAACAUUGUUAAUGAGCCAGUCCAAAGCAUUUUGGAUGGAAUUCACAACGCAUAUGUCGCGUGGAUUCUCCGCGAUCAGUAUGUAGGGGAUCUAGCACAGAUCCCCUCAACAACAAGAGAGCACAACAACCAAUUAACUUGGCCUAUUACGGGAGUUCAUCUGGCUCGAGAUCAAGAUGGAAACACAGUCAAGUAUACUGUUUCCGAAAACCCGGCAGAGUUGCCAUUACCGGAUGUCUGGCUGGGGCUACUGGCUGAUACCACUACUGCACCCUGGUGCCGUGCUGUCCUCACUGAAAAAAAUAUUGUUCAGGAUAGAAUCGUCACUAGCAAUCAUGUCUUGCGACUCUUUGCUGCUAAACCAGGUCUUGUCGCGGAAAUUGUGAAUCAAGCUUCAAAUGAGACCGAGGUUAUCCUCAAGGAGAUCGAAAAAGAUGGGAGAGGUGGAGAGCAGGUGUUGGCAGUCGCCUCACUCUGUUGUAACCCUGAGGGCCAGAUCACUCUCACUUUAUGGGAUCAGACGGUAGUUGGUCGAGCACCAGUUGACUUAGUCUUUCGAUUUCAAUUCCAGCCGCGCGACGGAGCUCCCAGUAUCCACGAGGUGAUGUCCGAUCGCAACCAGGGAAUUAAACAAUUCUAUCGUUCAAUCUGGAUUGGGGAGCACAAUCUACCAUCCACCCCCGACUUUGUGUUUCGGGGUGAAGAUAUUGUUUUGGGUCGAGAGGCGAUUCGCCGAUUUGCGAGGAGCGUAUCUAACCGGAACCCACUCUAUUACAACUCUCGCUCCCAGGGUUUGCUGGUGGCACCGCUGGAUCUGGCAAUUGCAGUAGCUUGGAAACCCAUCAUGAGUUGCUUAUUCCCGGAUAUGGUCUCAGGGGAUAUGCUCCGACUACUUCAUCUAAGCAACGAAUUCCAACUGUGCGACGGAGCCGCGCCAUUGCAGGAACGAGAUCAUCUUUCGUCUGAGGGCCGCCUCACAGCAGUGACCAUCAAGCAAGGAUCUGGUAAGAUCGUGGAGGCGGAGGGAACAAUCUACCGCCAAGGCAUGCCCGUAGUACGCUUGAAGAGCAAGUUCAUGAUGCUUGGAUCCUACACUGAUUAUCAAUCAACGUUCGAAACCAAGGAAGAGAAGUGGUGCCUACCGCUAGCCAUGAGAAAAGAUGUCGCUCUCCUUCGUUCAAGAACAUGGUUCCGUGCAGAGGAGAAUAUCGACCUACUAGACCAUCUCCAUCGCACGGUGGAGGUCCAAACCACGAGCCGUACCUGGUUUAUGGAUGCCGACUCCACUCCCAAGCUAAAAGUUGAGGGACUUAUUGUCUGGCGGUCUAAUUCAGGGUCAGAGUCGGUGGUUCUCGGGUCGAUCUUCUUCUCCGAUGCUGUCCCCUCUACCCGAAACCCCGUGACAGACUACUUGCAAAGACAUGGGUCCUUGAGCACCGAGGACAACCAUAUAUUCGAUGCCCCUCGGUCUCUCGUGCAAGAUCUCACUGUCACUGUUCCUGAUGCUGGCAGCGAAUAUGCCCGUGAAUCCGGUGACUGCAACCCCAUCCAUUUGUCCGGUUUCUUUGCUCGCUACGCGGGCCAUGACACGCGAGUGACACACGGUAUGUUUACCAGUGGAUAUGUCCGUGGUCUGGUCGCAUUCUAUUUGACGCGUAGCGAUGAAACCCGUGUUCGAUCAUGGUCGUGCACCUUCGACGACAAGGUCUGCACCGGGGAUCAACUAAAAAUCCAGAUAAACCACGUUGGAAUGUCUGGAGGCAAGAUGUUAGUAGCUGUCCAGGUGCACAAUGUUCUCACUGGAGUCAAAGUCCUUUCCGGGAAGGCAUGCAUCGCUCAACCAACAACAGCAUAUGUCUUUACAGGACAAGGUAGCCAGCAACUGGGUAUGGGGAUGGCCUUGUAUGAAAGCAGUCCGGCAGCGCAGCAAAUUUGGAACGCAGCCGAUGAGUUCUUUGAAAACACCUAUGGCUUUUCCAUCACAAACAUUAUUCGGCACAAUCCAAAGGAGCUGACGGUGCAUUUCGGCGGAUCUCGUGGUCGUGCCAUUCGUAAAAACUACAUCUCACUCACUUUUGAUGCGGUGGACGAAAAUGGUACGACUAACUGUAAGCCCGUCUUCCCCGACAUCAACCGGACUAGCCGCUCCCACAGCUUCCGAUCAGUUGAUGGUCUGCUCCAUGAAACUCAAUUUACACAGCCAGCACUCGCGUUGAUGGAAAUCGCGCGAUUUGAGGACAUGCGGAGUCGAGGAGUAGUCGAGGACGCGAGUCUCUUUGCCGGGCAUUCUCUCGGCGAGUAUGUGGCCCUCACGGCCAUGGGGCGCAUUUUCUCGGUCCAAAAAGUGGCUGGGUUGGUGUUUUACCGCGGUCUCAGCAUGCAGAAUGCGGUUCAACAGGAUUCGCAUGGGGCCACCCAGUACUCAAUGUGUGCUGUCAACCCCACUCGAGUUUCCAAAAGCUUUAGUGAGGAUGACUUGAGCUGGUGUGUAACAGAGAUUGCGCAAAAAGCUAAGGGGUUGUUGGAGAUUGUGAACUACAAUGUCCUCAGCCUGCAGUAUGUGUGUGCUGGUGAUCUCCGAGGAUUAGCAACUCUAACGGAACUUAUGAACGCCCUGGCUUGCCGAUCCUUAGCGCAGUCCAAGCCCGACAUGCAGCGCUUCAUCCAAGACUCUCUAGUAACAAUAGAUGGUUGCACCGGGCCAGUGGUUCUUAAACGUGGUCGAGCUACUAUCCCUCUUAAGGUCAACGUGCCUUUCCACAGCAGUCUUCUCCGACCUGGCGUCCAGUCCUUCCGACAGUUCUUGAGUCGCAAUCUAGCUGAGUCUUCAAUCCAGCCGGAACAACUGGUUGGCAAAUACAUUCCCAAUCUCACUGCAAAGCCGUUCGAACUUUCCAAGACGUACGUGGAAAGUGUGCUGGCGCUGACUGAGAGUCCUGUCUUGGAGCAUCUCCUCUGCAAUUGGGAAUCUAUGGAGAAUGGAGAAUAUGAGGAACGAGAUUUGUUUCCUUGGUAA